CGAACAGAAGCGAGAGCAGAACUAGGGUUUUACGCAUCUUAGCGCAGCAAUGGGUAAGGGAACAGGAAGCUUUGGUAAGAGAAGGAACAAGACCCACACACUGUGUGUGAGAUGUGGGCGUCGGAGCUUCCAUCUUCAGAAGAGUCGCUGCUCCGCUUGUGCUUACCCUGCCGCCCGCAAGAGGACAUAUAACUGGAGUGUGAAGGCCAUCAGGAGAAAGACCACCGGAACUGGCCGUAUGAGGUACCUCCGCCACGUUCCCCGUCGCUUUAAGACAAACUUCAGAGAAGGUACUCAAGCUGCCCCCAGGAAGAAGGUUGCAGCAGCAUCUGCUUGAGAGCAGUGAGUUUGUUGAGAGUUUUUAGCUGGGAAUCGAACUCUAUUAGUAUUCGAACAAGUUAAAAUUUUGGAACAGUGUAAUUCAAGAGUUUAUAACUCCUGGUUUGAAUUAUUUACUUUUUCGUGGAAUGUACUAUUUCAAUUAUUGGAUCUUUGAUACCAGUGCAUGAUGCUUAGUUGAAUAUUAAUGUUUUCUCGAGCAAAUUGUUUCAUUUUGGGGGAUUUAGUAGCUACUGCAAUGCGCUUGUUUUUUUUUUCUAAUGGCUGUCAUUUCCUUCUGUAGCAUUGGCUUUGUCACUUGUAACUACAUUUUGAUAUUUAAUAUGGUUUAGUUACUGAUUGUGAUUUAGCAUUCUUACCAUAGCAAUUAGUUAAUUCAGUUCUAUUUCUAUUGUUUAAUAGUAUGUUUGUGUUGCAAGUAUUGUUUGUUGGUGAAUCUUUUGAACAUCUCUUUCUUUCUUCUUCAGGAAGUUGGAUAAGGUGAUUGUUUGGAUAUGUGUUGCCAUUAAACAUAAGAAUGAGGAA